CCCCUAGAAACCACCAAUGUUCCAUGGCAAUUGAUCUUGACAGACUUUGUCACCAACCUGUCUAAAAGCAAAGGUUUCGACUUAAUCAAUAUGAUAGUGGAUAAAGGACUUGUCAAAAGGCAUAGUCAUCUGCCAUGUAAGAAAACCAUCACAGCAGAAGAAACAACCAUACUCUUUCAAAAUAACAUUUUCAAUUGA